AUGGACAACCGCAAGGGAACCCACUGCUGUCAUUGUGAGAAUGUGGGUGACACCUACAAUCCCUUCAACAUGAUGCCCAAGAGCCCCAGCUGUACACGUGACAGUCCCCUAGGCUGUAUGGUGGGAGAGAUGACUGAACGACAGGGUCCCAUAAGACUGACAGAGAGACAAGUCUUCAGUGAUACGAUCAUAAUGUUGGCUGGGGACUACACAGUUGUCCACAGGUCUUUGGUGUUGAAAGAUGGAGACCGUGUCUUGACCUGCGCUGACAUCCUCCCAACCUCUCCCUCUGCAGAGCAAAUCUUUCCCAAGGUUACACUGUUCAGCAGAUAUGACUUUCGUAGGAGAGUUGCUGAUGUCCUGAAUGUGGCUUUGUCAAGGAUCACCAUCCUGCCUGACUCUCCUCGCCCCACAACAGACACAACAUGCCAGCAAGUCAGCUACCUUGUUUCAGGGGAUGUUAGUUUGGAACAGCUGGACACUGUCAAAACCAGUGAGAAGAUGGGCAAGUACAAAGGUUCAGAUUCAUGCAAUAGUAAGUGGUCAUUUCUGUAA